CUACCACUACAAGCAAUUAGCAGAGCAGCAGCAUUAGCCUCUUUCUCUAUAAAUAGCACAAAACACAAACUCCAUAGCUCGUGCCUAUCUCUUCUCUUCUUCUAAAGGAAAAGGAACCAGUCUUCAUUUACCUUCCGGUUCUAUCUCCGUAAGAAAAAUGGCUUCUCACAUUGUUGGAUAUCCUCGUAUGGGCCCUAAGAGAGAGCUCAAGUUUGCAUUGGAAUCUUUUUGGGAUGGAAAGAGCAGUGCUCAGGACUUGGAAAAGGUGGCAUCUGAUCUCAGGGAAUCCAUCUGGAAGCAGAUGGCUGCUGCUGGGAUCAAACAUAUCCCCAGCAAUACUUUCUCUUACUACGAUCAGGUGCUUGAUACCACAGCAAUGCUUGGAGCUGUUCCACCUAGAUAUGGCUGGAAUGGUGGUGAGAUUGGAUUCGAUACAUACUUCUCCAUGGCUAGAGGAAACGCCUCUGUGCCCGCUAUGGAAAUGACCAAGUGGUUUGACACCAAUUACCAUUUCAUUGUCCCUGAAUUGGGACCUGAUGUCAACUUCUCUUACGCUUCUCACAAAGCAGUGACCGAAUACAAGGAGGCUAAGGCGCAUGGAGUAGACACCGUUCCUGUUCUUGUUGGCCCUGUCUCUUAUUUGUUACUUUCUAAACCUGCCAAGGGUGUUGAGAAAACCUUUUCUCUUCUCUCCCUUCUUGGAAAGAUCCUUCCAGUCUACAAGGAGGUUAUUUCUGAGCUUAAAGCAGCUGGUGCAUCCUGGAUUCAGUUUGAUGAGCCUACACUUGUUUUGGAUCUUGAUUCUCACAAACUGCAAGCAUUUACUGAUGCCUACUCUGAGUUGGAGUCGACCCUAUCUGGCUUGAAUGUUCUCAUUGAGACAUACUUUGCUGACAUCCCAGCUGAGGCAUUCAAGACACUCACAUCUCUUAAGGGCGUCACUGCAUAUGGUUUUGAUUUGGUUCGUGGAACUAAGACCCUUGACUUGAUCAAGAGUGAAUUCCCCAAGGGCAAAUACCUAUUUGCUGGAGUAGUUGAUGGAAGGAAUAUUUGGGCCAAUGAUCUUGCUGCUUCUCUUACCAUCUUGCAUGAACUUGAAGGCAUUGUGGGCAAGGACAAACUCGUAGUCUCCACCUCUUCUUCACUUCUUCACACUGCUGUUGAUCUCGUGAACGAGACUAAGUUGGACAAGGAACUAAAAUCAUGGCUUGCAUUUGCUGCCCAGAAAAUUGUCGAAGUUAAUGCAUUGGCCAAGGCUUUGGCUGGUGAAAAAGAUGAGGCUUUCUUCUCUGCUAAUGCUGCUGCACAGGCCUCAAGGAAGUCCUCUCCAAGGGUGACCAAUGAGGCUGUUCAAAAGGCUGCUGCUGCUUUGAAGGGUUCUGACCACCGCCGAGCUACAAAUGUUAGUGCCAGACUUGAUGCCCAACAGAAAAAGCUUAAUCUUCCAAUCCUCCCAACCACCACAAUUGGGUCCUUCCCACAGACCAUAGAACUCAGGAGAGUCCGCCGUGAAUACAAGGCCAAAAAGGUCUCUGAGGACGAUUACGUUAAAGCCAUCAAGGAGGAGAUCAGCAAAGUUGUCAAACUCCAAGAGGAGCUUGAUAUUGAUGUUCUAGUCCAUGGAGAGCCUGAGAGAAACGAUAUGGUUGAGUACUUUGGAGAGCAGUUGUCAGGUUUUGCCUUCACUGUCAAUGGAUGGGUGCAAUCUUAUGGAUCUCGAUGUGUGAAGCCGCCAAUCAUCUAUGGUGAUGUUAGCCGUCCCAACCCAAUGACUGUCUUCUGGUCCUCGACAGCUCAGAGCAUGACUGCCCGCCCAAUGAAGGGAAUGCUUACAGGCCCUGUCACCAUUCUCAACUGGUCCUUUGUCAGAAAUGACCAGCCAAGAUUUGAGACCUGUUAUCAGAUUGCUUUGGCCAUUAAGGAUGAAGUGGAGGAUCUUGAGAAGGCUGGUAUCAACGUUAUCCAAAUCGAUGAGGCUGCAUUAAGAGAGGGUUUGCCUCUUAGGAAGUCCGAGCAAGCUUUCUACUUAGAUUGGGCAGUGCACUCCUUCAGAAUCACCAAUGUUGGAGUCCAGGACACCACCCAGAUCCACACUCACAUGUGCUACUCCAACUUCAAUGACAUUAUUCACUCAAUUAUCGACAUGGAUGCUGAUGUGAUCACCAUUGAGAACUCCCGUUCUGAUGAGAAGCUCCUUUCAGUGUUCCGUGAGGGAGUGAAGUAUGGAGCUGGCAUUGGCCCUGGUGUAUACGAUAUCCACUCUCCAAGAAUACCAUCAACUGAGGAAAUUGCUGACAGAAUUAACAAGAUGCUUGCAGUUCUUGAAAUGAACAUCUUGUGGGUUAACCCUGACUGCGGUCUCAAGACUCGCAAGUAUUCAGAGGUCAAGCCAGCUCUCAGCAACAUGGUCGCCGCAGCCAAGCUCCUCCGCACUCAGCUUGCUAGUGCUAAGUGAGUUUUUCCUUAAGAGAUGUUGGGAGUAUAAUCCCUUCCCAACCGGCUGGUUCUUACUGAAAACAGAAACAUGGAAUUAUUGAUUUAAUAACUGUGGUUUUGUGAUGAAUACUUGGUAGGCAUAAUAUGCCCAGAGGGCAAUGAUUUUUUUUUUUUUUUUUCUUUCCAAUUCCUUUUUUCACUUUUCAAUAUUUUGUAUUUUGCUUUUGCCUUCAAUUUAUUUGAAAGGCAUUAAAAGAAAAAAAAAUUGCUUAGUGUAUUUUGUUUUCGAAAUCAAUGGAAUGGAAUGCCAUUGCCAGUUUGUGCAUUAA